AUGCAAAGGUCGCUGAAAUGCCGUCUUCCCGAGAAUGGUGCCCCGGCUAUAAAUAUGCCCAAUCUCCGAGUAAUUAGCUUGCAAAUUGUUAAUCAAUGGGAUUAAUUAAGUCGCUGCUUAAUAUUUAUGCUCAUCCCUUUUGGUCGCUUUGUUUUUUAUCCUUUUCUGUUAAUCCCUACUUUCCGCUGGCUUCAUUCCAGUCCUCCUUUUAUGGACAAUACCACCUCAUUCUGUAUGCAAAUCGGGUAUGAUCGUAUCACACUCGUGGUGGAGUGGCCUCAUUACUUUUACGUUAUGAUGCAAAUCCCGAGAAGCGUCCAGAAUGGCUGGGCCGGGGUUUCCUCGGCCCUUAAUCCCUGAACUUUAUGCAUAUCCGCUUCUUUCCCGCUAUGAUGCAGAAGAAUCAGCGCUGAUUCAGGCAGUUGUUGUAAAGUUUGAAACCUUGGCCGUGUAUGUUUUCCCGCGUGUUGAGUCAGGGCCCCGUUACUCAGCCUUGGCCCGUUUCAGACAGUGGCCAUUCCAAGCGUUUCCUCGCCCCGAUCGUCUUCAGCCGAAGUGGAUCAGCCCAGCUCCAGUCAGGACGCAGCUACCGGUGCCAUGCUUUUCCCGCCCGAAGACCUGACCAGUUAUAUGAUGCAGAACAACAACGACCUCAGCGCUUUCUUCCAACAUCAACAGCAGGCGGCCGCGGCUUCCUCGAUUGCGGCCGCCGUUGCUGCUUGCUCAGUGCAAUCGAACAGCAGCGUUGCGGUCACUUCCAGCUGUGCCAAAUCACAGGCUCCGCCUCUUUCGAUGCCGACGGGCAUGUUAAAACCAGCCGGUUUCAACCUGGCGUAAGUUUCCCUUAAUUGUGGGUUAAUCGGCAGGCAGGUAUGAAUAUGGACACAGAUUAUUCUGCGGCCCAUUCGAAUGCCGUAUGUAAUUUUCUCGGUCAUGCACGUAAUAUGUUUACCAUUCUAGGCCCAUCAACGACGUUGACAUGAUGAAACUCCUUCAGAACCCAAAUCUCUUGCCGAAAUCCUUGCCCAGCGGCCUUCCCCCUCAACCCAAUGACCACAACAAACCAAAGCCCAAGGAAGGCAAUCGGCCAACAGUUUCUCCCAUACCGCCCCAACUAAUGAAUGGUAUCUCCUCGUCCCCUUCCCACAUGGUCAAUGGACUGAAACGUCCACAGCCAGGCACCGGACUGCAGACACUGGUGAGAAACCUUACAAUGAACAUCAAUAGAACCCCCUGUUCCUGGCCUAACAAGUGUAACUUUCUUUUUAGCAAGAACAAUUGGUGUCAUCGAUGAAUGGACCUCCACCAGCCAAAAGACAUUCCAUCUCAGCGAUGCCCACUGGCCCCAGUCUUCCACAGAAUGGCCUGAUGAUGUCUGGACCCCAAAUGAACCCUCAACUUGCAGCUGCAGUGGCUGCUCAGCAAAUGAAUUUGAGUAAGAUGAAUAUGUCACAACCAGGGAUGAUGGGAAUGCCCGGAUUAAACGCUCAAUUCAUGCCAAAUCAACGGAUAAAUGGAAACGACGGACCUCAGCCCAAUCUUCUGAAUGUGCCUGGCCCUGCUCAAUUCAAUGCAAUGAAUAUGCAACAACUCCAACAAUUGGUUCUCCAUCAACAAUUGCAACAACAACUGCAACAACAGGCCAAGAACCAGAACCAGGCCAAGUUGAGUGGAACCGCCCAACAUCAUCAGAAUAUCCAACAACAGCAUGCCAACUGGAUGCAGGCAAAGUUCAUGGCGGAACAACAACAGCGAUUGGCACAACAACAGGUAAAGAUGACUGCAGCAGAGAUUUAACAAAAAUUCUGAAUAUUGAUCUUCUUCUAGCCCUUUUUUUGCACACAACAUUCCUGGUGUACUCUGAAAAUCAUCAAAUAUUUGCAAAAAUAAGGGACGACUGAGUGUGCAGUCAUCGAAAUUAAUCUAGUUUGGUUCAAAAUUGGUUUAGGAGAACUGGAUUAAAAGGCCCGUGCACUGAAUGAAAUGUUUCGAAAUUAGUUUUUUGCCCCAAAAACAUGACCCAAAUUGAAUUAUUCGUGCGUCUAAUUUGAUUUGCCUCCACUUUGGACAUAUGGGAAAACAAGGCCGGAAUUAUAUUCAUCAUAAUUAAUGUGGCCAAGACCACAAAGGGCAUCAAAUGCGACAUUAUUUUAUAUCAUAGUCAUAGGGAAAUAAGCAUUAAUCACCGUCUAAUCAUUACUUAUUACAGCAGCAACAACGAAUGAAUGGGCCUUCACCCAUCAUGAAUCAAAUGCAACUCUUGCAACUUAUGCAACAACAAAACCAGCAAGCUCAGAACAAUCCGCUGGCUUCGAAUCCAGCCUUUCUCCAACAACAACAAUUAAUGCAACUCCAGCAACAACAACAAAUUCUCCAAUUACAGCAACAACAGGCACAGCAACAUCACACGGAACAAAGACGUCGCGCACAGACGAUUGGGAAUGCCAGUCAACUGAGUGCGCUCCACAAUCAAAUCCCCUCGAUUACUCUCGGCCAAGGGAUCCCACAACCUUUAGUCCAACAACUCCCGACCUCACUCACCCCCUUCUCUUCACUUACCCCUCAACCACAUCAACCAGCCAUCUCUCCGGCCUUGUCCAACAAUAACAACGAGCAGCCCCAGACUUCUAAUAUUCUUCCGAAUGGAAAUACUCCCGUUGUUUCAUCACCAUCGGCUCCUGUUGAUAACGCAUUAACAAAUCCCCCAACUCUUCAGCCAGAACAAGGAAUGCCAAAUCAGGAAGCUCUUCAGGUAAGACACGAUACAAUUCUAAUAACAUACGUAACUAAGGUUACAACUAAAUAUUUCUUUGUGCUCAUCUAUUUACUUUCAGAAAAUGCUAGCCAGUUGGUCUUCAAUAAUCGACCCUCAGGUCCUUCAACAAUUCCAACAAUUAGCAAACGCCCAGACAGCCGUUAACCAAGGGAAUGGACAGCCUCAAAUCACGAUGACUUCAGCCUCAGAGGUGAUGUCAGAGGGCUCUGUCGCCAGUCUCUUGGCCCCUCAAUCGAGUUCAGUGGAUUCGGCAGCCCCAACUACAAGAGCUGGGUCAACAAAUCCGAACCAACCCGAAGAUUCGGAGAAAAGCGAAAAUGGAUUGGUGAUCGCUGAAGAAGAAGACAACCCGGUGGUCGAUUAA